AUGGAAAUAGAUUGUCCAAACGGCAUUUAGUUUAACGAAAAUAUUCAUAAUGGAGAGAUUAUUCAAGUAAUUUUAAGUGACGACACUAAUGACGAUAACAUUCUUACAAAUCUCUAAAACUUCUUUAUUAGAAAGUAGUAACAAUGCUAUGAUACCGACAAGAAGCAGAGCGAUGGUAGCAAUGAGAUUUAAAUCUUUUCUGCGCUAUACAACUACACUAUAUUAAAGCUAGAACUCAUGGUUUAGUAAAAGAUUUAACCUUACUGCUCUUUUUAUGAUAGUCUUGAUCAAUGUUCCAAGUAAUAAGAUGAAGAAAUUUAGUUUCAUUAAUGGAAUGCUCAACUAUAUAACACAUCGCCUGUGACCCAAGUAAAUAAUUUGGCUAGCGAUUAAAACACCUCAAAUUCUGCAUAUAACACUAACCCUAAGGAGGCUGAAUACAUUAAAAAUAUGGGCUUCACCAAUGCUCAAACUAUCUCUAAGCUAUAACUGGGUUAAUGUGAUUUACCAUACCUUCUUGAUAAAUAUGAUUUUGAACUGCUAUUGGAUUUAGCUUAACAAGCCUACAAGCUAAGAUAUAGUUAUUAGCUCGCAUUACCUGCAGAGAUUAGCAUCUCAUACUAUUACUAAUUCUAUAAAAUUUCUCUUAAAGACACUUUCUCAUCCAAAGAAGCCUUUUAAUAAUGGACAAAAUAUGAAAGAUAAUAGCUUUAAACAUAUGAGUUAAAUCACGUACUUAAUCUCAACUAAUUUAUAGAUAAUUAAAGAAAAUAUUAUUAUGAUGGCAACUUAGAUCUAUGGAACUUCAAAAUUAAGGUAUAAAAUGAGUUUCCACUUAAUCAUGAGAACCAGAAUCCUUGGAAACUGUCUUAAUUGGAAGCUAGCUAAGUUUUCUGGUUCUGUGAUAGGCAAUUUCUUUAGAAAAAAUCAUUCAUACCUCUAAAUUGCUUUAAUAAUAUCAUCAGCUAUGCUUCUAAAGCUACAUCAAAGUUAAGUUUUGACUCUAUCUUUUCAAUAUAGAGUGAUGAACUGAAACAAUAAGUAGACUCAUAUCUAAAAAACAAUCAAACUGAUUUAAAAAUUAAAUUUGACACUCAAUUUGCAAAUUGUAAACUUGCAGAAUAGGCAUAUGCUGCUAGAGUAAAUAAGAAAGAUGCAAUUUCUUAUAUCUAAACUUACUUAUCAAAUGAAGGUUGUGUGGCUGAUUAAUCCUAGCUAUAGAGUUUAUUUAUAGAGCUUGAAUAUGAAAGUAAAAAUCUCUACGAUUUUUUAACCGAUAAACUCUUAAAAAGAGCAAAUUUAUUGAAAGAUUUGUGUGUUGAUGAUCUUAAAGCUACUGGUGCGUAUUUAGACAGCAAUAAGGAUUAAAUUCAAGAGAGCAAAAUUUGUAAAUGCCCCUUUGAUGUUCAGAAUUAUAUUCAUAAUACGGUUAACUCCAUUAAAUCCUUAGACUACCAAGCCAAAGAUUACAUUUUGAAAGAAGAAAUCCUUAAUUUUCUUUAGAGAUGUGAUUAUUCUUCUAUGAUAAUUUGGUAAGAACUUAACGACUUCAAAAAAAUAAAAUAAGAAAAGUUAAGAACAAAUAAAGCAUAUCCUUUCUGCUAUAAAGAUUACGAUUGCAAUAUUCCAAUAGCAGGAGUACCAUAAGAUAGUGAGCUUUUAUAUGCACAUAAAAUAAAUGGCAAGUACCAAGUUUUAAUUGACUAUUUUGUGUAAGAUAUAGAAGAUUCUUGUGGCGUGGAUUAUGUAGAUUAAGAAUAACUUCUUAAAAAAAUUGUAUCAUUGGCGCAUGAAACAAGAAGCAUUGAUAUUUUUAGUGAUUCGAUCGUUCAAUUGUUUGACCUCCUAAAGAGAGAAAUAUUGGAUUAAUGCUUAAAUUAAAAAUCAACUUACUUGAGUAAGUUAUAUACUAAAGCAUGA